AUGAAAGAUGGCAGAAUUAAAGACUCACAGAUCACAGUUACUAGUUUUAUUAGAACAGCACAUAGUAAACAGGCUCGUCUACGUCAAAAUAUGCCAAACUGGGGAGCAUGGUGUCCAAAUAUGACAGGAAUGUCAAUGCUUGAAGGGAAUUACGACCAGUAUAUUCAGAUUGAUUUGUUAAAUCUGACAAAAAUCACAAGAAUUGCGACACAAGGACGAGAAUAUAAUGAAGGAAGAGAGUGGGCUAAGGUCUAUAAACUAUCAUACAGAAAAAAUGGUGCCACAUGGCAUUAUUACAAAGAAAAAGAUGAAGAUGCGAAGGUAAAUUUGAUAUUAAAGAUGUUUCAUGGAUAGAAAUUUUGAAUGAACCUUAAACAUGGCAUGACAUGCACAUCUCUGAAACCUUAUUGUGUCAAUACUUCACUGACUGUUAAUUGCAUUGCAUAUACUGCUGUGUUUCAGAUCUUUCAUGGAAACACCGACGUAUCCACUGUUGUAACACAUGAUCUAGAUCCUACAAUUAUGGCAAGGUACAUCAGGGUUCAUCCAGGUUAUGACAAGGGUAAUCAUGUAUGCAUGAGACUUGAGCUAUAUGGUUGUGCGGUUGAACGAGGUUUGUGAUAAUUUUGUUUUCUUUUCUUUAGCCAUGUUAUACUGACUGUAAAUGCAGUAUAUUAUACAUUGUACUCUUUUGCUAUUCUAGUUAUUCUCUCCUACUCAAUGCCAGUUGGGCAAACAACCAUGGACGGUAAAGUGCAAUACAAAGACACAUCUUAUAAUGGUGUAA